AUGCCCGCUGCUAGAUCAUCACGCUGGCUGAUGCUCCCCUUCGCCAGCUUGGCCUUCCAAUGGCCACUCUGUGUCGCCGAAGCUCCGAGAAACUCCAGACCAUGGACACUAGCAGCAACUGGAGACCUGAUUGGGGAUGUAGUCGCAACGAACGACACUCGCACUGCUGCGGUGUGGAACAUCACCCAGGCAGCCGACUUUGCCUUUUUCAAUAUGGAAGGGCAGAUAAUAAACGAGGAGUCAUUCACCGGGUAUCCUGCCUCUGAGAACGGCGGUGAUAACUUCUACGGAGGCGUCGGCGGCGGUCCGCAUUACCCACCCGAACAAGCUGCCUUACUCGCCAAGUACGGUUUCAACCUUGCCUCCCAUGCUAACAACCAUGCUUGGGACUUUGUCGAGGCGGCACCCAUGAGAAUCUUGCCCAAGGUGGGCAUCUCUACGUCGGGAUCCGGUGUUGGACUCGACGAAGCACGACGAGCGGUGUUUGGGACCAAGGGCAACAGGGGGCUGGCACUCGUGAGUACAGCGGGCACGCACACACCCCAAUUUGUUGCUGGGCCAGGAGACUCAGACGAGCACUUGCGGCCUCGACCCGGCGUCAGCGUUCUUCGUGCGACACCCUUCACUGUCGUCGAUGCCGCGGGAUUUGACCAGAUUCGAAACAUUGCCAAGUCUCAAGGGCAAAUCUUGGCAGGUGAUGAGAAUGGCAUCACGUUAAAUACUGACCAGACUCAGAUUGCCUGGUCCAACUGGAUGUUGGGUGAAAAGUCUGGGUCAUCGAUCUCCUGCGAUAUCAACCCGGACGACUACACUGGCAUCUUGGAUGCAAUCAAGGAGGCGAAGAAACAAUCCGACGCCACAAUCUUCUCGCUGCAUGCUCAUGACCAUGCCGCAAUCGAUGCUGGUGCUGAUGUGGUGUUGAUACAUGGACCGCACACUCUGAGAGGCAUUGAGGUCUACAAUUCGCGCCCCAUCUUCUACGGCUUGGGGUCUCUCACUUACAGUCUCGGGCUGUCGUUUCGUGGAUACAAUCUUCCAAUCGAAUGGGACGACGGAAUAAUUGCCGAGACCAGGUUUGAGAACGGGUCGCCGGCCGAGGUUAUCCUGCAUCCCCUUGUGCAUAACCAGUUGACAAACGAUACAUCUCUGCCAGAUCGCACCAUGCCGAAAGUGGCGCCAGCGGCAGAAGCGCAGCGUAUUUUGGCACAUUUGCAGAACACUUCGAAGCUGUUUGGAACGGAGAUCGUUGUGAAAGAUAAUGUUGGAUACAUCAAGAUUAUCUAA